AUGACCAUGGCCCUCUUGAACGCAAACCAGGCCAUCACUUCCGCAGGCUUCUUCCCGGCGGGAAAAGAAGCUACUACCGCUGCUCUGCGCUCAUAUUCCAUCCUGGAAAAGGGCAGAGAGAAAAACGUUAUUUCUUGCUCUUUUUUUUUUUUAAACUUUCUCUUUCUUUUCCCUGUCCCUCUUAUCUUCGUCCUUGCAAUCACUCAUGCUUUCUCUUUUCCGUUCCACCCACAAUUUGCUGCACCAGGUGCCUCGAGUUUACCUCUCUAUUUCACGAUUCUUUCAUCUUUCAUUCUUUCUAUUUCUUUUUUCUUCCUUCCUUCCUUCCUUCCUUCCUUCUUUCUUUCUUUCUUUCUUUAUUUAUUUAUUUCUCAUAACUUUUAUUUGUUUGCCUUCCUCUACAUAUUUUCACAAUUUCUUAUUUUUCUUCUUCUUCUUCUUCUGCUUCUUCUUCUUCUUCUUCCGCUUUUUUUCUUCUUCUUCGUCUCCUUCUUUUUCCUUUUUCUUGUCCUUCUUCUUCAUUUACUUCUUCGCAUUCUUCUUCUCCUCCUGCUCCUUCUUCUUUGUCUUCGUCGUCUCCUUCUUCUUUUUUCUUCUUUUUCUUCUCCUUCUUUUCCUUUUUCUUAUUUACUUCUUAUUCUUCUUCUUCUUCUUCUUCUUCUUCUUCUUCUUCGUUUUUCUUCUUCUUCUCCUUCUUCUUCUUUUACUUCUUUGUAUUCUCCUCCUCCUCCUCCUCCUCCUUCUUCUUCUUCUUCUCUAUCACAUAAUAUCCUCUACAUGAUGAAUGUGAACGCACCGCAUCCACCUAUUCCUCCCUUCCCAUCAUCAUUUCCCGCCAUUCAACCAAACCACUCCCAACAAUUCAGACCCCACAACGACCAUAACCUCCACUAA